UCAUCUCUCUUGGUCUCCCAAAGGGCUAUAUCCAUCGACCUACCUACCCUAGCCCAGUGUUCCUACUUCUUGAAAGGGGACCUAAUCGAGGCGACGAAAAAUGAAGAAUUCAAUCCCGUCCGACGUGUGGGAAAGAAAGAAGGCUUUGAUUGCCAAACUGUACAAGGAAGAAGAAUGGCCUCUGAAGCAAGUCAUCAAGCAGAUCCGUUCCGAUGAUUUCAACCCUAGUGAAACACAGCUACGAAGUAGAUUGAAGAAGUGGCGUGUUACCAAGCCCUCGCGCCAGACACGCAAGAAAUCCGACGACAGCCAACAGGAAGCCGUCGGAGAGGAUAGUGGUCACGAAGACGCUUCCUCCAGGGGCCAAGCAUCCACCAUCUCUCCGAAAAUCCGCCCCCCUCUUCGCUCAGCUACUUCGGAUCUCUCGAUCACCGAAUCGGAAUGGUACAUGGCCAAUGGGGCCUAUACACAUCACGACGAUUUACCUACCACCGCGUGUCUUGACGGACAUCAGAUCUCCAAUGUAUGGGCUCCGAUGAUGGCGCAACAGUCACCAUUGAGUCCAUCGGAUAAGCAGCGGGAUGCCUCUCAUGCCUCUUCAAUGAUGGUUCUUCCCAGCUCCAGCUCCUAUGACUCACCACACACGUCGCCCUUGAUGGAUAGCAUGUUGAUCAACUCGACAUCAGGCAUGGCAUCGCCGUUCCAGGAACACCCCUAUGCUAUCACUUCUGACCCCAUGCAAGCUCCUGUGCCAACGGCGACAACCGCAGCGCCGAUUCAAUGGUCCAUCCCUCAAUGGUACUCAAUGCCUCUGGAGGCCGGCAGCCCAUUCUAUGCCGCUGCCCCACUGAGUCCUCCAAUUGACCCGGCAAUGCAUCUGAUGCCUCCCCAUACCCCCCAGCGGGUAUAUUCGUCUCAAACUCCGCCGGCUACCGGCCUCGGGCACGAGGGUGCUCAGUCUUGGAAACGCACCAUGUCUGCUCCGUAUAUCCAGGAUGCCGCCGGCGGUCAUCCGAGAUUGGAACAGAAGGGGCUGCAGCCUCGCCCGCUUGAGAGGAAGACCUCCGUCCCCGCAAAGCCGACCAGUCAACCUCACGUGGGGUUGGUUUCUCCGCCAUCCUCCUUCUACCCCCAUGGGCAACAUCCGGCCAUGUGUGCACCUAUCUACCCCUACCCUGGACCCGAGCCUCUUGUCCACAGGCCCCAAAGCAUCGACUUCUAGACUCACUACGGAACAUAUCGCCCAGGUGUUACUUUGUCUACCAUUA